AUGAUGGACUGGUUUGAAAUCGUUAGUAAGGCAGGCGGAGAAGCUGCAUGGGUUACACAACAAAAAACCUUCCCAAAAAGGAAUGGCAAACGACAAAAGCCGAAAGAUUCAAAUGAAAUUAUAGAAAUAAUUUUGAAAACAGAAUCAAUUCAGAGUGUUAUAAAAGAGGAGUGUUCAAAACGGAAUACUACGAUGAAACUGUUAUCUGAUGAAGCAAGGCUAAUAUUACGCAGUAUAACGCAUCAAAUGCAGUUGUUAGUUAUACGAUCAGUUGGGUAUGUGAUUGCAAAAACAAUCAGGAUAAUAUAUGAUGGUGUCUAUUUCAAUGAUGAACAGUUAUCGCGAAUACAGGAAUAUUCCGUGGAUGAUCCCAUUAUUUUCAUGCCAACACACAGGAGUUAUAUGGAUUUCUUGAUUGUUUCUCUUCUUUGCUUCAAUCAUAAUUUGUCACUACCAGUCGUUGCUACUGGGAUGGAUUUUAUGGCUUCAAAAUUUCUGGGUGAAACUUUACGCCGCUGUGGAUCCUUCUUUAUGAGACGACAGUUUGGAAAGGACAAACUGUAUUGGUCACUGUUCAGUAGUUAUGUGCAAAUGCAACUACAGGAAACGGAUAAUCCGGUUGAAUUUUUCUUAGAAGGCACCCGCAGUAGAUCAGGCAAAAGUCUUUAUCCGAAAUUUGGUUUGCUACAAAUAUGCAUGGAACCAUUCUUUCAAUGUCGUUUAUAUGAUUUGAUUGUUGUUCCAGUUACCAUCAAUUAUGAUAAGGUUUUGGAAGAAUUUCUGUAUGCAUACGAACUUUUCGGCUUUCCGAAACCACAAGAGACGACAACGGGGCUUUUCAAAUCGCGCGAAAUUCUCAACAAACAUUUUGGUCAUAUUUAUGUGAAUUUUGGUGAACCAAUCUCUGUACGAAAAUAUUUCGAAGGAAGGAUAAAUCGCUGGCACCCACCUUGGCAGACUAGUGUGGGCAAUCAAUUAUCAAAUAAGGAAAAAGAAGCAAUUAAGGGCUUCGCGCUGCACAUAAUACACCUACACAAUUUAAAUAGUACAAUAACUAUUUGGCCUUACACUUGUGCUAUCUUGUUACAGAUGAAGAGCACAGGUCAUCAGAAGUUGAUAUUCAAUAAGCUACAGAGUUCUUUGGAAGACUUCGUUGCACUGAUUACAAAAAUGGGACGUCGAAUUAUGAUCAGAAGAAGCAUUGCGGAUGAUUUGAGAUAUCAUUUGAAAUUGCACUCCGAUCUGUUCCAGUGUGACACUUUCUUUCCUAAUUCACUAAUAGAAAUGAAGAGAUUCAAAUGCGUCGAAAAUAAUGGUUUAAAGAAGAAUUAUAUGGAAGAAAUGUUGUGGGAAGUGAUCCUGUCAUAUUAUGCUAAUCAGAUGAUGCAUGAUUUUGUCGACAUAAGCCUGCUGUGCCAUGUGUUGUUGUCCAUUCAAGUGCUGUCAAGAGCAAGUCACAUAUUCCGGGAAGUUAGGUCAUUAUUUGUUUACGAAUUCGUUUGUUCAUUGCAAGAAGAAGAAAUCGAUAAGUUGUUCGCAAAGAGUCUCAAUGCUUUGUUGCGGAUUUCAGCUGUUUCACUGAAUAAUGAUCGUGUCAUCGUAGAAGAGAAACAGAUACUGAAACAGAUUGCUUUCUUUAUGCAGCCACACAUUGCCAGAUAUUAUUGUGUAAUGCAGUCUUUGGUACAGUUGGUGGGUACUCAAUUCACAAAUGAAGUGCUUUUCGAAGAAUCGCUACAGCUUGCUGUAAAUCUUUUUGCUGGGCAGCAAGGGAACAGCAAGCCCCAGUCAGUCUGUAUCACAUCGGAUGUAACUCGGAAUGCAUUAUCAGCAUUUUGUAGGUUGCAGGUUACUUGCAGACGGAGUGAAAGGGAAUAUGAUGUUAAUGUUUAUCGCGUGCAAAAAAUGAUGAGACUUCUGGAAAGCAUCAGUAUGGCCGAACUUCCUUUUGAUAACAACUCGUUUGUUUCAAAGAUUUAA